ACUUUGUCAGCUGGGCAGGUUCUGAACCAGCUCUUAGUAGCUAUUGUGUGAAAGCAGAUACCAAUGAUGAAUUCAAAUGGGUCACAGAGCCUUGUUCUACAUCUCUUCCAUAUAUGUGUGAGAUAACGGAAGGCCAAUGCCGUUUACGUGAUAAACAAGACAUGGCGAUAACCAGUUCUUUACUGUCUCAAGCUACGAAUACACCGCAUUCUUGUACUAGAUCCUGCUUUUUGGAUUCGAACUGCUUUUGGGCAAUGUAUAACACCAUAUUCUAUUAUUGUGAUUUUGUCAAUUCUGGCACGACUCCAACGCUCGGACCUGUAACUUUUGGCGAAGAGGUCUAUGAAAAGGUUUGUCCAGUAUGCAGGCAGAAUGGUUUUUGUUUACAUGAUGGUAAAUGUAACGAGCCUUACAAUUUCACAACUGAUAGCUUCGACAUUGGUCCUUGCUUUUGUCAACCUGGCUAUACUGGGGAACAAUGUGAGACAGACAUGUCCACAGACGAACCAACAACAACCACAGAAAUAACCACACAAGAUCCAACAACACCCACAGAAAUGACCACACAAGAUCCAGCAACAACCACAGAAGUUACCACAC